CCUCUGAGUAGAGCGGAUACAUGGUUCUGUGCAACCCUAAAGGAUGUGGUUGAGUCUGAGAUGAGGAAGAAGCGAGGAGGAAGGACUGCACAAAACUCUGACAAACUGCCAACAAACAACACGGCCACUAAAACCAAGUGUGAAUGUGGAUCUUUUUGUUUUAACAUUUCUCAUUUUGAGAAUGUUUAAGUAAUCUGAGAGGAUGCACUGAAGACAAAGAUGGAAGUGGAGGAGACUGGAGAAAAAAGGACUUCCUGGUCUGCUACACUGGGAGAGACACCUGCCAUCCUGUGUGACCAUGCUGGGAAGAAAAGAAAGCAAGAUGCGAGUCCUGGUCCUGUGAUUCGAAUCAUGGAGGAUGAAGAAGAGGAGGAGGAGGAGGAGGGUGAAAUGAUGUCCGACCACAUGAAGGAUUCAGAGGAACCCAGUAAUAAAAGGGUCAAACCAGUGGCAAAGUCCAAUAGCCUAACAGGUGUCAUCACCCCAGUGAAGACCCCCGCGCUGAAACGUAUCGGACAGUCGAUUUCGCGGUCUAUUAGUUUUCGCACAGAGGCACGACCUUUGCCCCCGGCUCCCCUACGGUCUCGCUCAAAGGCCUCAUCGUUUCCACGGAGACGCAACAGCCAAUGCUGGAGUGAUACUGUAGAGAGUCAUGACCUUACAGCUAAAGAGAUCAAACGGCAAGAGGUGAUCUAUGAGCUCACUCAAGGGGAGAAACAACUCAUCGAGGACCUCAGUUUGGUUAAAAAGGUGUACUACGAACCCAUGCUGAAGUUGGACAUCAUGACAGAGAGUGAGCUGGGCCAGAUCUUUGGUACUCUGGACUCUCUCAUUCCUCUUCAUCAAGAUCUUUUGGCGCGUCUUGAACGGCUGAGAGGAUCUGAGAAGACAGUUGGAGAGGUGGGACCUACUCUCAUAAACUGGUUUCCUUGCCUGGAGGCUUACGUUACCUACUGUUGUAACCAGGUGGGUGCCAAAGCCUUGUUAGACCAGAAAAAGCAAGAGAAAAGAGUGGAGCACUUCUUGCGCCUGUGCCAGGAGUCAUCAUUUAGCAGGAAACUGGACCUGUGGAACUUCCUAGAUCUCCCUCGAAGCCGUUUGGUGAAAUACCCCCUGUUGUUGAAAGAGAUACAGAAAUGCACCCCCCCGGAUCACCCUGAUGAGGAUUCACUGCCUGAUGCUUUGGAUCUGAUCCAGAGCAUUGUGGCAGAGGUGAACAAGAAGACAGGGGAAGCUGAAUGUCAGUUCUACAGACGGGGUCUCAUUUACCUGGAAGAGAGCCAGAGAUUACCAGAAAUCCAACAGUCCCGCUUCCUGUACUGCCAUGGAGAGCUCAAGAACAACAAGGGCCAGCGGCUGCAUGUAUUCCUGUUUGAGCUGGCUGUGGUGCUGACCAGACCAGGAGAGGACAGAGAUGGAGGUCAAAUGUUCAAUGUUUACAGACAGCCUCUGCCGAAUGCCUUGUUAAAUUUGGAGGAGAUCCCAGAUGGUGAGGCAGGCGGAGGUGGCACCUUCAGAGGAGCUUUCACUGGAGGGAACGAUAAAGUUAAGAACUGUUUCCGUGUGAGCAGCAGAGGGCGCUCCAAAGCUCACUCCUACAGCCUUCAGGCCAACGACUCUUUCAGCAAGCAGCAGUGGAUCACCUGUCUGCGCCAGGCUAUCGUCCAGUCAAGAGACAGGAACGCUCACACCAGCCAAUCACAGCUCUCCAUGCACCCCGAUCCCGCCCUCUGUCACAUAGCUGAGCUCAGCCUCAGCUCGGACACUGAAAUGGCAGACCACACCAGUCGCUGACUGAUCAGACUGAUCAACAGAGAGUCUGCAGAGUGUCUAUUUGUACAUUGGAAAGAGAACAAAAUAAAGCACAGACUGUUUGUGAAACCGAAACGUGUUUAGUCAUACGCACUGUAUCACAUAGAUGGAAGAUGUCCUUGUAUUUUUAUUUUUCUGGUUGAUUGCAGCUGAAUUGUGUGAUUGUGGUGAUGGUGGAUAUUGUACAACUUGGAAAGUAUUGAAUGUGAACUGUAACUGUAAAAUUUGUUUGCUGUUUUUUUGUUUUGUUUUGUUUUGUUUUUGUUUUGUUUUUUUAAAUAAACUGACACUUAAAACUUUGAGUGAGGCACCCAUGGAAAAGUACACAAAGACACAUCUAAGUAUAGUCAACGAGAUCCACAGAGAAAAGAUUAGAGAUGAUUAUCCUCCCCCCCUUUCUCCCUGUGUCUCUCUCUUUCUCCCUGACACCAGUGACAGGGCAGAGGAGAGAGGUAGACUUUCAGUGCAGGCCUAUGGACGAACAGUGAAACAGUACACGUCCCCUUAUGCAUUUUUAACAGCUCAGCAGGUGAUGGGAACAGUUUGGUUGGGACAGUUUGUCCACAGAUAGAGUGACCAAGUGAUCAGCUGUGAAUAUCUUGGAGGGAAUGGAUUACACUCCUCUGUUCUUCGUUCAUUGAAAAAGGAACUCUUUCCCUCAGGUAGCACAAGAGCUACCACAACAUCCUGCCCACUUUUGACCCUGCAUGUGAGAAGACUGCGGAGGUGCACUUGGACCCGUCUUAAGUUGCAAACCGGCUGACUUAUUUGCAAGUCUUAUCUUGCAAAAGAACAUUUGUCUGCCACGGGAUCUGUUCUGGACAGUUUUUUUUUUCUUUCUUUCUUUCUUUUU